UUCUCGCGUCGUCACUUCUGGUGUGUGAGCCUCCGGGGGCCGGCCGGGUAGAGACGGAUCGGGGGAAGAUGGCGGCGUCCUCUGCCACCACAGCCGCUGCCCGGACAGUCGGCGCCGUGAAGCCGCUUCUCAGCCGGGACAUGGGAGAGGCCAAGCGCAGGGUGCGGGAGCUGUACCGGGCCUGGUACCGGGAGGUGCCCAAUACAGUUCAUGUGUUUCAGCUGGAUAUCACCGUGAAGCAGGGACGGGACAAGGUGAGAGAGAUGUUCCAGAAAAAUUUACAUGUCACAGACCCAAGAGUCAUCGAUCUCCUUGUCAUUAAGGGGAAGAUGGAUCUAGAGGAGACCAUAAAGGUCUGGAAACAACGGACACACCUUAUGCGCUACUUCCAUGAAACCGAAUAUGCGACCCCUACUGAUUUCCUUUCUAAAUUCUAUGCCGGACAAGACCUUUAAGUUUCUUAUUGCUCAAUUCAUGUAUAAAUAUUGUCAAUAAAAAUGUAUGGAGUGAAUAUA